GGCUCGUCUGCGUGGCCGCGUGCCCGGCGUGUCGUGUCGUGUGGACUCGUGGUCACUCAUGGACACUGGACUCUAGAUUAUUCGUAGCGAUGGGCAAGCAGAAACGGCAGCGGCAAAAGCCUCACAAGGAAAAUCCCACUGGAUUACCGUCGGUUCAGGAAUUCGAGUUAAACGAGGAACUCACAGAGAGAGACAAGGAAAAGAUCUUGCAGGACGUUUACGAUGAUAUACAAUCGUGCAAUCUCAAAGAAAAAUUAUCCGCUCUGCAAAUAUUGGCGUCGAUGUCUUACGACUCUUCUAUGGUGAAACAAAUCGCCAAGGAUGGGAUAGCGAAAAGAAUUGGUCCACUAUUGUUGGACCACAAUGCCGCUGUACGAGCAAACACUGCACAGACCUUGCGGGAAAUUGCUGACAAUGGUAGGGAGGAAGUAUGCGACGAUUUGAUCAAAGAUGAUAUUGUAACUCCACUCACCGCAUUACUGAGACAGUACUAUUCGGACUGGAAGCCGAAAGAAGUUGGGGACGAAAGUGUGGCUUUUGUUCAAGCAGUUAGUUUGCUGUCGACGUUGUGCGCAAAUAAUGAGAGUGCAAUCAAGCGAGCUAAUGAGGAAGAUUUGGUAUCACUCUUGAUAAAAUGUUUAGAUCUUGAUAUUUAUGGCAUAAAGAUUGUCACGGUCGUUACACGAUCCAUGAUAUACUUGUCGGACGAGAAUGUUGCCGCCAUUAAUAAAAUUAAACAGAACGAGUCAGUUUUGUCUAAUCUGCUGGAUAUAAAAGCCGAUGACGAUAAGACUGCUCCCAAAAUAUUGUUCUUGAAGACUUGUGUGGCUGAUAUAUUAAUCAACAUCAGUAAUUGCACAGACAGUAAUCGGAUACAUGUGUUUCGUAAAGUAUUGUUGGUACUGUCCGAUGUACUUGUCAUCAAUCAUAGACAGGUACUGUCUCGCUUAACGUCUAUCCUAUCGGAUGAAUGCGAUGCUUCUUCGAGCAAUAGGAAAAAUAGGAAAGAGCUACAAGAACAUAGACAGAUAUUAGCAAUGCAGGAACAAGCGUUACAGAUUUUAGCAAAUUUAUGUUUUGAAUAUGACAAUGCAAUUGAUUCCGACACCGAUGAUUUUGAAACAAUGGAGCUUGAGUCUGAAUGUUUGGAUGACGAAUCUUCCAUGAAUGAAGAUGUGACAACGACGUCGACGUUCCCGGUGGAGCUAGUUGAAGUUAUCAACGAUUGUAACUUGAUUGACAAAAUUUGGGACAAGACUAAAUGGGUAGUGACAGACAGCCAGAAAAUAUUGGACGAAACUGAAGAGGGAAAAGCUGCGUUGAAGCAAUUUUAUGAUAUUCAGUGUGCAGCUUAUUUAUGUUUAAACAAUUUAUUGCCUAAUAUAGAAGUUGACGCUUUUGGAGUUGGUGUUGACAAUUUAUUCAGCAAAUUGAUGGAAGUUGCAGGAGAGUUUAACGAUGUUACCAGGAAGGACAUGGUGAAACAUGUACAACUUGCAGAAGCAAGUACUGCUGCUAUGAGGGCUAUUCUUCAACGUUUAGUCGAUAUACAGGCGAAUGUCUUUGAAUCAAAUCAAAUAACUUGUGAAAUGAUCCAGCUCAUGAUAAAUGACGUGUAUCAAUAUGACAGUCUCAAUGUCCGCCUUAAUAUGAUAAGGGUAUUCUGUAAUUUAGUACAGCUGUUGAAUAACAAAGAUUCCAAGAAUUACGAAAUGAUAAAGCUCAUUUCCACCUUCUUAUUGGACAUCUCUAAAACUGAAACUCGAGUAUGGGUUAUAGCAGAAGCUAUAGACUCAAUAAUGGAUAUAUAUACAGAGGACGACAUUGACCAUAUAGCGGCAGAUAUCAAAUUGGUCCCUAAUUUACAAUCCAUAAUGCCACAUUUCAAUAACAAGAUGCAUCAACAGAAGAAACAUUUACAAGCUGGCACUCUUGUAGUAUCGACUGUAAGCGCAAACCUGAUGAGAUUUAUAAGAUAUAAACAGAAGCGAUUAGGAAUUGCUAAAAAAUGAACAUUGUUAAACAAUUGUUUUUAUUCGAUUGCAUCGAAUUACAGAGAUCAUGAACGAAGAUAUUUUUACAAUAAAUAACUGAAACAUGUUUGAAAAAGAA